GCCUCACAAACCUUCCAAAUAUACUCGAUACUCUUCCUAUACCUCUCCACAUACGCAGCAGCAUGGCCAAUAUGGCCAAACUGGUUACCAGAGCUCGAUUCCAUCAUAGUUCGACGACAAGAUAGCAAUAACACAGCAACAGCAACAUCCACAACUUCUGCUCCGACAGCGACAGGGAAAGCCACAACCACGGCGAAAAAUUCUGGGGGCACGACGACAUUCUCGAUAGGUUCAGCAGAUGCAUCAGCUACUGGGAGUUCGAACAAAACUACAUCAACUUCCCACCACACUUCGUACGAUGCUCGUCUCCCAGCAGGAGGAGUCUCGAUGAUGACCCCCGCCGUUGCAUCGGGAGAACAAUACUUCAAGAUUGGAGACUUCGUUACAUUUGGCUGGAACUAUACCUCCCUUGAAGCAACGCCUACCGCUGUCAAUAUCCUCGCUUCCUGCUCUGCGAAUUCCCAGGUCUACACUAUCUCCAUGAACCAGACACUUGCUAAUAACACGGGUGCUGUGACAUGGGAUACGGGCAAUUACCAAGCUACGGCUGUGCAGAAUCCAUUGUUGACUGAGACGUAUACACUGAUCAUUUACGAUGCGGCUAGUAGUAUUAGUGCUACUGCCCAAGCUGGAUAUCUUGCUGUUUACGACUCCUAUACUUUUGGAAUGUACACGCCUCAGCCUUAUACUCCAUUGGCAGACUUCCAGUGUGCAACCUGCAAUGGAGCCUUGGGGGACAUGGAGAAGAAGGCAUUGGGGAUGAUGUUUGGGAUGUGUUGUCUGACUGUGUUGAGUUUCACAUGGUUUGUUAGCGGGACUGGAAUCAUCUGGUAAGAUUGUAUGAACAUGAGAGAGAGGGUUGUGCAACCAGAAAAAAAGUGGGUAUGAUAUGGGCAUUGGUGUAAUUGGUUGGAAUUUACGCUCCUUUCUGGUUGAGCUGUGGUUUGGGUAUAUUGGCGUUUUGGAUUCAUGGAUAUAUUAUGACGAUUUGAGUAUGCAUAGCUAGCGGAGAAGUCAAUAAGUAAUGGGU